UAUCAUCAUUUUCAAGGCGAGUAUGCCGAGGGGUUAUCGAAACAUCUCACCGCAGAAAACUGUAGCAAGCAGUCAAAUAUUUUUCUCAGAUAAAAUGCCUGACAAUCUGCUGCUGACGACAGUGUUCUGUUUCCUCGUCUUUUCAAGUGCGAGUGCAAUUAAAUGUUUCCAGUGCGAUUCGGCAGUUGAUCCAGGAUGUGCUGGGCUGAGAAGCGGAGAGACCAAAAGCAUGUAUUACAAAGAAUGCACCGGAGUUAACGACAUUGCAAAGUUUUGCAGGAAAGUUCACUAUUCCAUUUCAGACGGUGACAAAGAGAAUGUGCGUAUAUACAGGCAGUGCGGGUGGUUGUCGACAAGGAAUGAUUCCACGUGCAAGAACAGCGGCAACAAUUCGGUGUGGGAAACGAACUGUGCAUGUUGGACUGAUGGUUGCAACUCGUCCAAUAAAAUCCGCUUUGACUUCACCGUUUUAACAAUUGUUGCAGCGUUUAAACUAAUCUGUUGAUACAUGUUUGUGGUAUUAAAGGAAAGUCCUAAUUUUGGUACAAUAAAUUUUAAUUACAAAACUUAUAACAACUUAAUAAUUAACGCGACAAUUAUCCACAAAACGCUGAAUGCCGUUUUUGGACUAGUAUUACAUACAUCUGUAUCACAAUAACAGUCUUUAGCAUCACUGCCCGAGUAUUUCGCUUUCAGGCAAACGACUGCGUCGCCGUGGUAAUAUGUGCACUCAUGUACGUUCACUACUUUAUCUCCGCUCAAAAAGUACACUAAAAACUCCAAUAUGUAUCACAAUCCAAUAGGUCCAUUAAUACUUACAAUAUUGUGUUAACGUUCUACACAUGGGACUCUCAUUUAGAAUAUUUGAAUCGUUGCCCGGGGUGCAUUCCUUGACUUCUUUACUUGGACAUCCCACCUCCUCUCCAACGUGAUGACAAUGGUAACAUUUCAAGGAAGACACUUAAACAAAAGCAGCGUUGACAAUUCAAAAUAAUUCAAGAGAAAUUCUUACCCAUCGUUACAGCUAAGAUGAGAACAGACACAUUAAUCAGUAAAAACCGUACUAUCAUAAUAAUGCCUCCUCAUCGUUUCAAUGUUAAAUUUUAUGUUACAUUUAAAAGUCAAUGUCAAGAUUGGACCGUCACUCAAAAUUUUCAAAAUAUAUUGUUAACCACACUAGUUUAUUAUCUCACUGUGUUAAUUUAGUUACAUAUGUAUACAUUUAAAUUAAAAUAAAUAUGAGUUUAAUUGUU